UUUCUCUUUCUCUGCAUGGGAGGGAAGGAGGCCGGGGGGGUGAAAAAAAAUUUAUGAUCCCUAGGAGGCGAUGACGGGAAAUAAUUGAAGAACACAGAGUUAAACAAAAGUAUUUCAUGAUGAUACUUGACAGAAUUUUAAUGAGAUUCUAUGUGAGCCAAGCAGCCUCAGAGCAGAAGAAUGCAGACGUGUUUAUACCAAAACUUCACGGCCAGUGCUCCCAAAACAACUGCUUUUUAUUCCACAUAUUAAACGUGUUGCACAAAAGCGUAGUCUGGUUCCUUCAUAAAGUUAUGACUUUUACUUCCUCUUCAUCUUGAGUAGUUUCCUUUCCUGGAUGGAUUCCGUUAGAUUAAUCAAACACUCCCAGCUCUGUUUGUGUUGGUGGGAUUUAUCCUGCAUUACACUCUGAUUGAUGUUGAUCAAUGGAUUUCUCUGGAAAAGAGUCUACCAGCAGUUUAAAGGUGAAGAAGACAGUGCAGACAUUCUCCAGAUAGAGGAGAAAAUCUGGUAAAACAGACACACGGUGACUUCAGAGGUGAGGAUUCAGUCUUGACUACAGGUGAAAAAGGCUUUUAAAGGUAAACAACGGCCCAGUACAUCUCCGUUAGCCUCGGUUGGGUUAUACAUUAGAUAAGCCAAUUUGCUCUUCUUAUUUCGGAACCAUGGAAUCAGGCUUGAUUGAAACUUUUUCUUAUAAAGACAAAACGUUAUGGCUAAAUUUUACACCAAAUCCGUUCCCUUUAAAACCUGUGGGAACGUGUGUUAUGACUUGAGGAGCAAACAGCUGGACGUUUUGGACUCCACAAUAUAUGUUUGGUACAAAUAUACAAAAGAGCACCAAGUACAGAAAUCAUGGUGGUGACAGCAUCAUGCUCUAGGUUGUUCCUCUAGAUAUAACUAAAAGACAGUAUGAAAAAGGUGAAAUAAAGAUAAGAUCCUGAAAGAAAGACAACUUAAACUCAGCAUUUCGACUGUUCUGCAGUUUUCUGGAAGUUUGUUCGAGAUUUGUGGUGCAUAGAAGCUGAAUGCUGCUUCUCCAAGUUUGGUUCUAGUUCUGGGGAUGCAAAGCAGAACCAGGACCAGAACCAGGAGACCUGAGAGGUUCUGGUUGAUACAACAACAGCAGAUCUUUAAUGUAUCGGGCUGCUAAGCCGUUCAGUGAUUUAUAAACUGACAGAAGCAUUUUAAAGUGUUUGAAUGAUGUUGAAUGACCAUCAUUCAACACUUUCAUCAGUGACUUGCUUAACUUGAGUGUCAAUGGUCUCGUUUCCUGAACAUUUACAACGGUAGGUCACCAAGCAGAGACAAGGAGGAGGAAGUUUGCUUCAUAUGGCUCGUUGAAGAUCAGAAAGACUGACACUCUUCUGCUGUAGAGACCUUACAGUGACACACAUAAUACAUCCUGUGUCCUGAAACGUCCCCGUCAGCAGCGAGAGAGAGAGACAGAGAGAGAGAGAGAGAGAGACACACACAUUAGCUGUAUUGUCUUCAGACAAUUUGUCUUUGCUGUGACUCCAGGCAUGUGUUCAGUGGGUGAGGGUCCGACCCAGAAAGAAGGAAGAAGCAUCUAACUGCAUCAGACUGAGCCCACUCCAAGUAUCUGCUGCAUACAUCACCGAUGUUCUGAUGACAUUGAGAAAAAUAAUGUGUGGAAAUGACCAUAUUAAGUAAGUAACACGACUGAGUCACAGUCACAACAUAAAGCGAGUCAGACUUUUUAUUUAUGACCUCAAUAGAAACCAAAAAUGGGAAGAAACUAAGAAAAGAAAAAAGUGAUUUAUGAUUAACGUCAGUAAAUCAUACUGACUAAAAUCCAAAGAGCAGUGGUGUGAAAGACAGCUGACUGGAAGUUUGAAUCCGCCCGCAACGCUCGAGCCGUUUCCUUCCUGAAUCCUUGCCCGGAGUCAGCGGCAGGUUCAGGCCGGUCGCUUGAGGGUGUGGGGGGUGGAGGGGCGGCGUUCUUGUCAGUAAGGAGUCUGUGACAGGUCCGGGAGGCGGGCGAAGGCGUGGCCUUGCCAGUGCAAGCAGCACAACAUGCAGGUAGAUCACAUAAAGCCUGAUCAGAGCAAAGAUCAGCAACAGUUUGGACUGCAACAAUGACACGGACUCUUCUGUUGCUGAUCGUCUUCCUGAACGUCUCGCUCAGAUCCUCGGAAAGCCACAAUCCAACCUUUGAAGUGGGGACAGACUAUGAGGUGGUUCGACCUGUCAGACUUCAUGCAGUAAGGAAAAGAAGCACAGAGUACCUCAGACCAGAGACGAUUAAAUAUGCAAUGACUGUUGGAGGAAGAGACAUUCAAUUACAACUUGAGAAAAAUAAUGAGUUACUAACCCGAGACUACUCAGAAACCUACUACCAAGAAGAUGGAACUCGGGUCACCACGAGCCCACAUGAUGUCGAUCACUGUUACUACCAUGGAAAGAUUGUGAAUGACAGCGAGUCAUCUGCUAGCAUCAGUACAUGUGAGGGACUAAGGGGUUACUUCAGGACGUCUGAAAAGCGAUACCUGAUUGAGCCUCUCAUUGGUGGCGACGAGGGCGACCACGCUGUGACGACCAUAAACGACAGGAACUUGACGCCUGCAGUGUGUGGCGUUACAAACACUUCCUGGGAGGACGGCAUGGAACCUCCAACAAGCCAGAGCCGCUCCAGAUCUGGGGGUCUUCCUGUUCUACUGCAGCAGAAAUACAUUGAACUCGUUCUUGUAGCUGAUAAUCGAGCGUACGCAAAGAUGAACAAAGAUCUGACCAAGCUGAGACAGAGGAUAUUUGAAAUCGUCAACUUUGUCAACAUGGCAUACAAACCCCUGAAGACGUUUAUCGGUCUGGUGGGUCUGGAGGUCUGGUCUAAUGCCGACCUGAUCUCUGUGACCAACCCCGCCAACGCCAACCUGGACGCUUUCAAGACCUGGAGAAACUCCGAGCUGGUGAAACGGAUAAAACACGACAACGCACACCUCAUCAGCGGGAUCGACUUUGAAGGAGCCACUGUGGGUCUGGCUUACAUCGGGACUCUGUGCACUGACCACUCGGUCGGGGUUAUACAGGAUCACAACGCCCGAGCCAUUGCUGUGGGAGCGACUCUGGCCCACGAGAUGGGCCACAACCUGGGCAUGAGUCACGACGACUCCAGUGGCUGCUCCUGUUCUGGGGACAGCUGCAUCAUGGCCGCAGCUCUCAGCUAUAACAUUCCACGCACGUUCAGUAGCUGCAGUGUUGCCAACUAUGAGAGGUACCUGACAACCCGCAACCCCAGCUGCAUGUUCGACAAACCAGACGUCACCAGCAUCGUGGCUCCAGGAGUCUGUGGGAACGGAUUUUUGGAAAAGGGAGAGCAGUGCGACUGUGGCUCUGUGGAGGAGUGCACCAACCCGUGCUGCAACGCCACCAGCUGCACCCUGAGCGCAGGUUCACAAUGCGCUGAAGGCGAGUGCUGCGAGAACUGCAAGAUCCAGCCUCGCUCCAUCGAGUGCCGCAGGAAGCAGGACGACUGCGACCUGGCCGAGUACUGCGACGGGAAGAGCGCCACCUGUCCCGAGGACGUGUUCGCUGUGAACGGUCUCCCAUGUGAUAAGGGCCUGGGCUACUGCUACAACGGUCAGUGUCCACAGAGGGCAGCGCAGUGCAAGAAGGUCUACGGCAACGCUGCCGAUGAGGCUCCUUCGACCUGCUACAACUACAACACCAAAGGAAAUAACUAUGGUUACUGCAGACGCCUCUCCAACACCGACUUUAUUCCCUGCCAAAAACAAGAUGUUUUGUGUGGGAAGCUCUUCUGCCAGGGCGGCAAUGCAAACCCAAUCUACGGCCAAAUGGUCACAAUUUCUGUGGUCUGCAAGGCGACGUUCUUUACCGACUACACCAAAGACUACGGGCAGGUGGAUGAAGGCAUCAUGUGUGGGGAGGGAAAGGUGUGCAGCCAGAACCAGUGCAUGGAUCUCGAGAGUGCGUACAGAAACACAAACUGCUCGGCAAAAUGCCCCGGCAACGCUGUGUGCAAUCACAGAAGUGAGUGUCAGUGCCUGCCCGGCUGGUUGCCUCCUAACUGUGGAGCAAAGGAUGAGGCUUUCAGUUCUCUGUCCACCGGAGCAAACAUCGCCAUCUCCCUGGCUGUCAUUCUGGUGAUCCUCGGCCUGUUUUUUGGGGUUGUGGGGUUCAUGUGUAGGAAGAAACGCAGUCCAACCCUGCCAGUUUCGCAAGCGCAGAGAAAAGCCCCAGCAGUAAGCAGCUCUGCGCCUUACGUCAACCAGGAAUACACCAUCAGUCAGCCCAGGCUACUCAGACAGGAACCGAAGCCCAAAGGAGCUCCGCCUCCUCCACCUCCAGCAGGGAACCGACCCGAACCACCGAGCCAGAACUACACCGCUGCACGCCAGGCUCUGAGACCAGUACAUCCCCCAAAGGUCUGAUGUGCAGCCUGGUGCCAAGUGUUAGUGAACACUGACACCUUCCCUCUGGUCUUCAACUAGAGGCAGCUGGCAGGCCACAGGGACAGAGUCCUGUUUGCAUCAACCCCAACAGGAACUACACCUGAACCCCAACAGGAAGUACAAACUGAACUUGUGUGGCACCCUACUAUGGACUUCACAGGGAUUCACUUCUGUUUUCUUAUGGCACAUUUGUGUACUGUACAUUAAAUUGGCCCUGACUGUAAUUAAUGUAUAUUAUAACAUUGUUGGGACAGAGCUGCUUUUAGCUGCAGUGUUUGUUUCUCGUGACUCCUGUGGAACCGGCCCGUUUGAAAGUCACGCGUUGGACUGCAGUUACUGCAUGUUUGCAUUUCAUGUUCCAUAUCAAGCCAUGUCUUUGUUCAUAAGAAACUGUGAAAUAUGUUUUUAUAUUUAUAUUUUAUUUACAUUGUCAAUGUAAUGUGCAAGCAGCGUCAUUGUAAAAUAGUUUCUUAGCUCGUGUUUACAUCAGAGUCGACAAAUCAUCCAAUGUUUACUGGUGGUUUAACUUCAUUUCCAGGAUAAUAAUGUCAUGUCGGUUUUAAGGUUGCGAACCCACAUGCAAGAACACAGUCAGACAGAGCGAGUCAGAAACAAUAAUGUUUAUUGAAGGAUCAGGGAGCUGGUGGCGAAGCCGAAU